AUGGAGGAUGGCCCUGGUCGGAGGGUCAGUCCCGCCACCAAAGUCCCCAGCGCAUGUCAGCGCUGUCGACGUCAAAAGCUAAAGGCAUUCAAUUUUCACAAUGUGGCCGCACCGGGGCCACCUGCAACCGACGCACUGCCGGGAGCCCCAUUGCGAGAGCCUAAAUCUGCUUCACCGAGCGUUGAGGUUGACACAUCUGAGCCUUCCUCUUCAACUGCACUCGCGACUUGCGAUCCGUUCUCUUCCGUUACGGGGAAUUUGGCGUCCCUACUACCCAGCUUUGACGCGGCCAGGCUUCUCGUAGAUACAUAUUUUGAUCGAGCGCACUGGUUCAUGUUGGUCUUCUAUCAAGACGAGUUUCGUCAGCGGUGGCCCAAACUGUACGGUAGCUCUACUGAGAGGCCUUCAAUAUACGCCCACCAUCACCUCGGCUUUCUCAGCACCUUCCUGAUCGUGAUUGCUGUCGGGCUGCAGUACACCGGGCCCUAUCGACGUGAGAUUCUCUCGAGAUAUGGGGUUGAAAUGGCCCUUAGGGAUCGCAUUCUCUCUGUUAAUCCCGUUCAAUCGACUAAUCUCCGAACGCGCAAUGAAACUCGCAAAAGAUGCUGGUGGGCAGUGUAUGAGGUUGAAACCUUCUCUGCCGUAGCAUAUGGCUAUCCACACAGUAUCCGCGAUGACGAUUGUGACGUAGAACCGUUGGAUCCAUCAGCCAAGCUUCAGACUAUGCAGUCUCCAGGUUCGUUCGAUGAACCUCUGACGUCGGAUCCAACGCUACUUUCCUACAAGUACUUCAUAACCAAACUAUCUACCAUCACUAAGGGAUCCUUGGAUGACCUGAAUCGCGUUCGCUCGCAUGCAGCUAGCCGAUCUCACCCAAAUUCACUGGAUAUCCAAAGAAUCGUUCGAAAGGUAGCCGACUACGACAGUCGACUCAGUCAUUGGGAAGCAGAGAUUCCUCUUCCACUCCAGUGGCGCAGGGUCGCUCACCAGUCUCAUUAUGCCUCUGCCGAAGAAGUCGAUCGCGAUAUUGGAGCCUCAGGGCCUCGCUUCGAGAAUCAUAUUUAUCAACUCCAAGCUCUCGCUCUGUGGCUUGCGUAUCAGAACGCACGCAUUCUCACGCACCGUCCACUUCUUUCCUACACGCUGGCCGCUCGAGAACGAACCAGCAAGUAUAAUGGUGAUGCUGCAUAUUCGGUCGACCCAUUUAAUGCCUCUUUGAACGCUUGUCGUGAUGCGGCGCUCGGCAUGUCGGAUAUUCUGUCAAGCCCGUUAUUAGAAGUGGUUUCGGAAACCUAUGCAGCUUCGUUCGUUAGCAUUCAUACAUUCACAGCAGGCGUGACCCUCGGUAUCCUCAGCAGCAUGGAUCCUCUGGGUCCACACUCUACCGAGACCAAGUCCGGACUCCGCAAAUUGAUCGGCAUCCAGGACAAGCUCCGAUCACACUCAGUUGCAGCGCAGCAGGGACUGACCAUUCUUCAGCGCCUGGUAAAAUUGGUCAUGGAAAAAGAACUCAGCGUAAUGAUGGAAUUGUCUACUUCUGCAACCACUGCGCAUCCAAAUGAGCCGACAAUAACGAAUCCUUCCUCAAGACAGAGAAUGUCGGACCAAGUCUCCGAUGAACCAGUAGCUCGAUAUGAUGCCAUUGAUCCUCCUGGGGUACCCACAGCAGUCGUAGGCUCCAUUGCUCGGGAUAUCCCAGCUGCAGAUGGAUCCGCUCAAUACAUGCAUGAUCCUGCGCUAGCAGCUGCCCUUCAAGACUUUGAUCAAGCUCUGUCAAACUAUGCCCCUCGAGCCCAAGUAGUCUCUCAUGGCAGCCCAGACAACCCGUCAUUCUGGCCCACCACGGAGGGCUUUCCGAUCCUGGAGCAGAGUUGGAUGUGGGGUCUAGAAGGUGCACCUUUCUACGGGGAGCAUACAGGUCCAAGCUAUGGCAGUAGCUAUACACCCUGA